UUUUCACUCUUUAUCCCCUUCACAUUUUUCCAUCCCCAACCAUGAACCAUCACACUGUAAGCCUCAUUCCCGCUCCCGCUCCCGCUCCAAGAUUCAGAAGUCAAAAAACCCUAACUCCUAUCCCACUCCAUAGACGAACAAAAGCACUCAUUUUCUCAACAAAAACCUAAACACUCACUUUGCUAUUUAUGCACCCAUUUUUUUCAAAUCAAGCUCAACGACGGCACACUCCAAAACCCUUAUUAAUCGAAUGGCAUAAAACCUCAAUUUCAUUCAACUCGAUUUUGAUUUCGAUUGUUUUCGUUCUGCAAAAAAAAAAAACCUAAAUACUCUGUUGUGCACCUCAAUUUGCGAUAAUUGAUUGUUUCUUUUGCAGAUACGGUGGCAGAAAGGUUCCAGAACUAACUAAUGAUUUUUACUAAUUUUGUUAAAUGGAUGUAUCGCCGUGAAAAUUGAUUGAUCCGAAGUGUGAAAAUGAGAACCGGCAGGCAACAGGUGACGCUUCGGGACCUUGUUGAUGAGGCGAAGAAGCGGAAUGUUUUCCUGUUCGUGUGUAGUGUUGGACUAUCAUAUCUGAUGUCUUGGCUGCAGAUUAUAUGGAUGGUAUGUCGAAAAUCUGACUUCACGUUUAUAAGUUUCAGAAUUCAUCGUUUGAUCGUUUCUCCUAAGUCCUAUUAUGAGAAGAAAGGCUUGAAGUUGAUUGAUUCUCCUUUGUCUUGUGGUGUCAAAAGGGCUUCUGAAGGUUCUCUGACGAUUAUGGAAUCAUGUGCAGAUGAAGCUCUUGAGCAUGCUGGUUCAGUUCUUUCAGCAUUAAGUGAGAAGCUAUAUGUGAUAAAGGGGGGUUGUGGAGCUGGAGUUCAUAUAGCAUAUGCAGCUGAAGCAAUGGCCUUAAUUUGGAGCUCGAUUCACUACAAGAAUGGACCACCUUUAGCGGCGACAGCUGUCGCCGGUAUUGGUUAA